CAAGAAUGUGGGGACAUUCGUGGGGAUUUUUGGGUUCUAUUCUAGGCGUUCGACAGCCCUAUAACAAGCAUUAGCUUGAUUAUUAAUACUGAAAGCAGGGAUUCACCUGUAUGCUACCUAUAAUCUAGAGUUGCGGGGCACCACUUUGAGGUUCGCAGUCAGAAUGAAUCAUAUGGGCCAUAUAUUUAUCACGGUAACAUCACCUCUUCCUGGACACUUCGUAUAUUGAACCAUCUCUCCUCCUCUACCAAAAAGUUAUUCCCACACCCACCUCAAUCAUCCAUCAUGUCGACUCUCCUUGUCAACAAGCCACUCCUUGGCCCCCUCGUCGGCCUCAAUGUUUGGACUUUUGCUAUGGAAGCUCUGCUAUACAUACGCAGAACUCCAGCGCUGUCCAAGUACGGCGUCACGUUCGAUCCAAACACUGUCAAACAGCAGAAAGCAGAGAAAUUGCCUCCUUUCGUACAAUGGCCGGCGGAUAACUUCAACAAUUUGCUGGAACAACCUACCCAGUUCUACGCGGUGUUGCUUGCAUUAAGCUUGAUGGAUGUCAAGGACAAGACUACCGUGCGCUUGGCGUGGGGUUACGUGGGUCUGCGAGUCCUUCACAGCCUGAUACAUGUUACGACCAACAAUGUUCUUUUGCGCUUUCCGGUUUUUGCCACGAGUUCGGUUGUGCUUUUGGGGAUGACAGCCAAGGCCGCUUGGGAGCUUUUCUUUUAAGCGUGUUGUCUAGCGGGGGCGGGCGGUUGUCACGGACACAGCCGUCUGGUGAUUACCUAGUUAUGUAUGUAGGGUUAAAGUUACGUCCCGCUGCAAAAGCAUAUCCUUUGCAGCUUCUGUUGCGGGACCUCGCCCAACCACAAACAUUAUAUACCUGUCACAAGGUUGACCGCCCGAUCGAGCAGCUGCUUUGCUAUAUGAGAGAUUUUGGUUUUGGUCGGCGCGUAUUAAUCUGUCCAGGUACCUCCCGCAGCACCCGAGACGAGUCCUUCGAAAGUGGGAUGUUGUUAGAGGUCCGAGACCGAUUCCUCAG